UUCGCGCAUGCGUAAACCGAUCGGGCCAGCCGAUGAAGGUUGCUUCCGCCGCUUCCCGGGUUUCAGCGUGACUUUUACUCACCCGCUGUCAUAAACUCCAACUGACUAUUCGUGUAGCAUUAACUCUUAACUUUAAAAAUGUUGAGUUUUUCUAACAGAAUAAAGGUAUGUUCCUUGGCGUUCACGGUCGCGCGCAUGUGCAGCAGCGGCCCCACAGCUGCGAACAAAAACCCAACGGUUUACUUUGACAUUGCUGCAGGCGGCGAGCCUCUGGGGAGAGUAACCUUUGAGCUUAACGCCGACGUGGUACCCAAAACUGCAGAGAAUUUCCGAGCACUCUGCACGGGCGAGCAGGGCUUCGGCUACAAGGGCUCGAUCUUCCACAGGGUUAUCCCUAAGUUCAUGUGUCAGGGUGGAGAUUUCACCAACCAUAAUGGAACUGGAGGAAAGUCCAUCUACGGGUGGAAGUUUCCAGAUGAGAACUUUAUCUUGAAGCACACCGGACCAGGUAUCUUAUCUAUGGCCAACGCCGGGCCGAACACCAAUGGAUCCCAGUUCUUCAUCUGCACCUCUAAAACGGAAUGGCUGGAUGGCAGACACGUUGUCUUCGGCAAAGUAAAAGACGGAAUGGACAUCGUUAAAAAAGUGGAGUCUUACGGCUCACAGUCCGGCAGAACCUCCAAGAAAAUCACAAUCACGGACUGUGGAGAGCUGUAGAUCGCCAAGUCAGCAGGAGAUGCCUCCUGUCGUUAUCUGAUAGAGUUACGGCUCUGUCUGUCGUAGCACCAAGUGCAGCAUCGUUGCCCUAAAACUGCGUUUGUGAUUGUUGGUACUGAGUCUCUCUCAGGUUAAAAUGUACAAACUGUCAUGUUUGAAACUGUGAAUUUUUAGGAAAAGUGGUUCUAAUAUAACAUCUUUAGGGAAAAGGCAUAUUUUGUGUACUCUCCUCAUUUGUAUUUGUUAAUUUAGGAUCAUAGUAUCAAAUAAAAUAACACCUCAA